AAUAAAAAUGAACCGCCACCAUUGUAAUCGGACGACGGCCCAAAACAAAAAACCCUAAACUACGCAUAGAAUCUUCCUCUUUCUGGAAAACCCUAGCUUUCAGCAUCCGCCGCAGCCGUCGCAAGUUCUGAAUUGAGCAGAAAUGAAGGUAAUCGCCGCCUACUUGCUCGCGGUCUUGGGAGGGAACACUUGCCCUUCCGCGGAUGAUUUGAAGGAUAUUCUCGGAUCAGUUGGAGCUGAGGCUGAUGAUGAUAAGAUAGAGUUACUCUUGUCUGAAGUCAAAGGUAAAGAUAUCACCGAGUUAAUUGCAGCUGGAAGGGAGAAGUUGGCUUCAGUUCCUUCUGGUGGUGGUGCUGUUGCCGUUGCUGCUCCUGCAGCUGGUGGUGCUGCUGCUGCACCCGCUGCUGAGGCAAAGAAAGAGGAGAAAGUUGAGGAGAAGGAAGAGUCUGAUGAUGAUAUGGGUUUCAGCCUCUUCGACUAAGCUAGCAAUGCAAAUACCAAGGCUUGUGAUAUGCUGGCUUAAGCAAAGCUGCUCUUGCACGCAUCAAGUUACACAAUCAUGCUAGUUGCCGAGAGCUGGUUUGGCUUCCUCUCCAGUUCCUCUUUUAAGUUUAUACUCCGAAGCUGCUUCAAUGGUUCAUGAGUCACUACAGGCAAAAUCAAACUGCAGAAGAAUGGCUGCAAGUUGUGCAGAUCCAUAUUAAAUGGUGUUGUUUUUGUUAGUCGAGCAUGCUAUUCACUUUUGUGGAUGUUAGUUGGCUUGGUACUGCAUAUGAUAUUGGUAUCUUUUCAACUGUGCUUAAAAAAUUGAAGAGCGAGUUCCCUUUUCUUUGGAAAGGUAUAACUUAUAAUUUUUAUGAAAUAAAGUUUCUUAUUUUAUA